AGAGCGAGUAGAGCCUCGUCCAGCUCCGGCAGGCGGCGGGCCCAGGAGCGCAGCGCAGCUCAGCUCAGCCCUAUCCGCUAGCGCGAACUGAGCUGCUAGCCUAACGCUGCCGCCGAAAGGCGGUGAUGGAGGCAGGUGCUGCCGGCCGCACCAUGGACUGGCCGCGCCUGCUGCUGCUGCUGCUCCUAGGGGUGUCCCUCGGAGGUGCCCAGGAGCCAUGUCCCACAGGCCUGUACACCCACAGUGGCGAGUGCUGCAAAGCCUGCAAUGUGGGGGAGGGCGUGGCCCAGCCCUGCGGAGCCAACCAGACUGUGUGUGAGCCCUGCCUGGACAGUGUGACGUUCUCCGACGUGGCGAGUGCCACCGAGCCGUGCAAGCCGUGCACGGAGUGCGUGGGCCUGCAGAGCAUGUUGGCGCCGUGCGUGGAGGCCGACGACGCCGUGUGCCGCUGCGCCUAUGGCUACUACCAGGACGAGAUCACCGGCCUCUGCGAGGCGUGCAGCGUUUGCGAGGCGGGCUCGGGCCUCGUGUUCUCCUGCCAGGGCAAGCAGAACACCGUGUGCGAGGAGUGCCCUGAUGGCACGUACUCCGACGAGGCCAACCACGUGGACCCGUGCCUGCCCUGCACCGUGUGCGAGGACACCGAGCGCCAGGUCCGCGAGUGCACGCGCUGGGCAGACGCCGAGUGCGAGGAGAUCCCUGGUCGUUGGAUUACACGGUCCCCGCCCCCGGAGGGCUCAGACAGCAUGGCCCCCAGCACCCAGGAGCCCGAGGUCCCUCCAGAACAAGACAUCAUAGCCAGCACGGUGGCAGAUGUGGCGACCACAGUGAUGGGCAGCUCUCAGCCCGUGUUGACCCGAGGCACCACUGACAAGCUCAUCCCUGUCUACUGCUCCAUCCUAGCUGCUGUGGUUGUGGGUCUCGUGGCCUAUAUUGCCUUCAAGAGGUGGAACAGCUGUAAGCAGAAUAAGCAGGGUGCUAACAGCCGGCCUGUGAACCAGACGCCCCCACCUGAAGGAGAAAAACUCCACAGUGACAGUGGCAUCUCUGUGGACAGCCAGAGCCUGCAUGACCAGCAGCCCCACACGCAGACGGCCUCAGGCCCUGCACUCAAGGGUGAUGGAGGCCUCUACAGCAGCCUGCCCCCAGCCAAAAGGGAGGAGGUGGAGAAGCUGCUCAACGGCUCUGCUGGGGACACCUGGAGGCACCUGGCAGGCCAGCUGGGCUACCAGCCUGAGCACAUAGACUCCUUCACCCACGAGGCCUGCCCUGUCCGUGCCCUGCUUGCCAGCUGGGCCGCCCAGGACAGCGCGACGCUCGAUGCCCUCUUGGAUGCCCUGCACCGCAUCGAGCGACCCGACAUUGCGGAGAGCCUGUGCAGCGAGUCCACGGCCACGUCCCCUGUGUGAGCCCACCAGGGAGUCCCUGCCCUGCCCCCACGUUCUGAGGAUGGAUGCUCCAGCCAACCCCCAUGGAGCCCAUCCCCCCUGGGGUGGGCCAGCCUGGCAGAGCUGAGCUCCUCUGGGCAGGGCCUCGAGCCCAGGCCCCCAAACCACAGCCCUGUCGCUGCUCCUGUGUGGCCCCCUCGCUUCUGAUCACAUUCCCUCUCAAGCAAGAGAAGGGAGCCUCCCCACCCCUGCCUCUCGCCAUCUUGGGCCUUCUCCUUCCUUCUCCCCACUGCUGGGUGGGCCAGCCCCUCCCACCUAGCAGGUGUCCUAUCUGGGGGUCUGACGCCAGGGAUGGUA